AUGGUGCUUCAGGAAGCAUCGCUUCCGGAGAUUGUUGAAAGUUACGGCGGUGCCUCUAACCUCACCAAUGGUGCUACUCGUCUCGACUUCCACUCUGUUGACCAAUGGCAAGCCAUGCAUUCGUCCUCGUCAAAACUACAACGAGUACUACAGCGGCUGGGCGCCGUUCCUAGCUGGGCACAGUUGGCACUACCGCAAGCAGAGACUUUCGAGCAGUCUGACAAGAACAACUCGGCUACACACUUUCCAGUGUAA